AUGCAAUCGUUUGUCAAAGCUGCAGUUGCAAUUGCCUUCCUCAGCGGUGGAAGUUUUGCUCUUCCCACUCAAACCAACACGGUAAACAGACGCGAAAAUGACUUCUUCUUCCCAAUCUGGAUCCCCCCAGCUCCUGCUAAUGGUCCCAUUUAUGCCAGCGGUGCAAAUGGAGGUUACAACUAUGGUGGAAGUGGCGCUAAUGGCGGCAGCAUCUCAAUUAGUAGGCGGGAGACCGAAAGCAAGCAAAAGGACAAUACCUUUUUUCCGCUCUUCCUAGGGUGGAAUCAACCUCCUCCUAAUGGAGCAAUUACUGCAGUGGGUGCCAACGGCGGAACCAACAUAUACGGAGACGGCGCCAAUGGCGGGUCGAUCUCCAUCAACAAGCGCAAGGAUGAUUUUCUCUUCCCCAUCUGGUUCCCUCCGCGUCCUACUGUCAAUGGCCCCAUUACCGCUAGCGGCGCCAAUGGAGGCUACAACUAUAAUGGAGACGGUGCCAAUGGCGGUUCAAUCUCCAUCAACAAGCGAGGGGAAGAUUUUUUCUUCCCAAUCUGGCUCCCUCCUCCUCCUCCUGCCAAUGGCCCCAUUACUGCUAAUGGCGCCAAUGGAGGCUUCAACUAUAACGGAAACGGUGCUAAUGGUGGAAGUAUUUCGAUUGGCAAGCGAGAGACCGAGAGUGAGAAUAAAGAUGGUAUUCUUUUCCCACUCUUUUGGUGGAAUCAGCCUCCCGCCAACGGAGCCAUUACCGCAGAGGGCGCAAAUGGCGGCACUAACAUCAACGGAAACGGUGCGAACGGUGGAAGAAUCUCUAUCGGAUAA